GUUUCCUUUUUGUGACGUCACCAAUGUUACAGAACUGUACGCGGUCCCGUCCAAACACGGAAAAGCAGCCGACAUUGUUGUCGGAAAACCAUGGAAAAUCCUCCGAGCAGCUACUCGCAUACAGAAAACACAGGAGAUUGCGCCAUCUGCUUGGACAAAAUACAGAAUAAGAAAACACUGACGUGCCUUCAUUCUUUUUGCUCUGAAUGUAUUGAUUCAGUUUUCAGCCUGAAGCCAGCCUGUCCGAUAUGCAACACCUUCCACGGAGUGUACACCGGGACCCAGCCGAAGGGCACCAUGACGGUGUCUCGCAGCUGGCAGGGUCUGCCAGGCUUCGAGCACUGUGGGUCCAUUACCAUUCAGUACAGUUUUCCAGCAGGGAUACAAGGGCCCGAGCACCCAAACCCUGGUGUGAGGUACAGCAGCACGUCUCGUACUGCCUUCCUGCCAGCCAGUGAAGAAGGAGAGAAGGUCCUGAGGCUGCUGAGGAAAGCUUUUGACAGGAGACUCACGUUUACGAUCGGUCGAUCUGCAACCACAGGUCUCAACAAUGUCAUCACCUGGAAUGACAUUCAUCACAAGACCAGCAUGGCAGGGGGUCAACAGUGUUUUGGCUAUCCAGAUCCAGAAUACUUAUUCAGAGUUCAAGAGGAGCUUCGUCUCAAAGGGGUGACAGACGAUGACUGAUGGGUGAAGACAUCUGACAUUUAAUAUCAUGUUUUCUUUCUUUCCCAGUGAGCUGUCUGAAUGGAUGUAGAAAUUCAGGAUCAUUGAAGGUUUUUUUCAGCUGUAAAUCUUAAACUCUUUGACUAUGUAAAGAUUAUCCUUUAAGCACAGUCAUCAUCUUAACAAAAACAUUAACUUGAAUACUUGGAUUUCUGCAAUGUUGCUAUGGUAUAUCCUGCAGCACGUUUCUGAAGUUGAUGCUUACAUCAGCCUGUUGUCUUCAUAGUUUGUUUCAAGGUUUAGUUUACACUGAUGAACACAUACUGUAAAAUACCGGGUAAUGGUUUGCAGAAAAGUGUCUGUUAUGAGACUUUGAUGAUAUUGUGUAUUUUGUUAUUUUAAAAAUAUCACAUUAAAAAUCCAUGAUGAAUAGAUCAUGUUAAGUAAUGCCUGUGCUACCAAAUCCUAUGCAAAGUGUAACUAAUGCAGGUGUAUUGCUAGUUUUGAGCUGAUUCUAUAAAUACUGCUAAAUUGUGCACAAAUACAUUUUAUGUAAAUUAAAAGUUUACAAAAAUGCAACAUGUACAAUAUGUAGUUUCUAUAAAAUAAUGGAAAUGAUGGUUAAAAUAUAGUAAAUAACUGAAUAAUAAAAUGAGAGUU